AUGACUCAAUUAUCGCAACUCAGGCAGCCCUUCUGUGGUCGCCUACUGUCAGCCUAUUCACCAGUACUGGUCAGCCUUGUUCCAGCCAUCACGGCCGGCCGAGAGGUUGAUCGCGUAGAGAAAGAGCCUGAGUAUUCUUCUGAUGCCACCUGGGACGGAGCUGAACUUGCUGAGCCGAGAUUCACGCGCCGAGAUUCGAUAUCAUCUACGGGUAGCGGAAGGCCCAUCCCUCCUGGUCACUGGACCCUGCCCAUAGCCGGCAACUGUCCGCGAUGCCAUCAUCACCAUAACUCUGUCAAGAUACAUGUUAAUAUGGUCAGCGAUUCCAGUCGUCUGGUUGAUCUAGACUGUGAAAACUGCCACAGACUAUGGUUGGGCCAUGGCAGCAGGAACUCUACUCAGGUUUCGUUGUUAUCGACAGAGACAAUCGAUCCUCUACCCAUGGAGUCAGAAAUUUGCACCACGCUGGCCCAGAUGGUACGGGUAGCGACACGGGUAGAUGUCUUGUCACAAUCUCUCCCUAACAUACCCGAAGGGUCUUCACCUGGACCGUCUCAUAGGCCUUCUUUAAGGUCCGCCGUCCGCAAGCAAGUUCGGAUGCCUGUUGUGGGUCCUGAUUUAGCUUCGAACAAUGUUUCGGCGCCUUUCAUCCCCAGGCCAGUAGGAGCACCCGUAGACCGCAUGAUCCAGCCCCACACAAGUGGCAUCAAAAACGUACAGCCUCCGCAAUUACUCCUUCGCUUGAAGCAGAAGAUUGGAGGGAGACUGAAGGCGACACGCAUAGGUCGAUUCAUGAAGUCUUACGAAGGGAACGAUAUCCACAUACUGAGACGAGGGGAGCAACAGGUCCUGCCAGAUGGAGAGACAGAGAAUUUGCCUCAUGCUGGAAACAGCGCGGUACCCGACGCAACAGGCUCUACCAAAGAGGAUCGAGAUUGUCUCAUGAUUGUGGACCAGGAAGUUGUGAGUGCGAUGAGCCCUGAGCAGCGACACGUCUUCCUGCGUGCCUCCUCAACAGCCACCCAGACCCGGGCUCUGGACGCAGCCCGCCUUAUCUCAGCUUUGGACAGCCGGGCCCGCCGGGGCAUCCUUUGGUAG